AAGAAACAGAUAAAAAGGGCCAUCCACUCCAAAGAGACAACCUCUCUAGGGAGAAACCCAGCAGGGAUGUGGGGUGCUUGUUCUGAGAAUAUAUCGACUCUACUCAAUUCAAUAAUAAACACGUACUGCAUUUUUAUAGUCUUGUCCUCUUCUAUGGUUCAAGUAUCUCUCAUCUGUACUUGUCUCCCUUAAUUCUCUGAAAUAUAUCAGACACACAUAUUUCUAAAUUUUUCUAAAACAGAGGAGAUGAGAUAUGUUCGUACAAGUAGCCUAAAGAGGCUGUUUUCUUUCGGAAGACACAGUUUUGAUGGAGAUUUUCCAAAAGGUUGUGAAGAAAAUAAUACUACAAGUACCGCUACUGAUGCUGCUUCCCCCACAACUCAGCCACCUCAUAGGCCCACAUGGAAAUGUUUCUCUUUUCAAGAAAUUUUUCGUGCCACCAACGGUUUCAAUUCAGAAAAUAUUGUUGGGAGAGGAGGAUAUGCAGAAGUGUACAAAGGAGUAUUAGAUGAUGGACAGGCAAUAGCUGUAAAAAUGCUGACAAAAGCCACCGAUGAUGAGAGAAAAGAGAAGGAAUUUUUGACAGAAAUUGGGACACUUGGUCACGUUUGCCAUCCCAAUGUGACAUCAUUGUUGGGUUGCUGUAUUGAGAAUGGGCUUUAUCUCAUUUUUCAGUUCUCUUCUAAAGGCUCUGUUGCUUCAAUUCUCCAUGAUGAGAAAUCAGCCACUAUGGACUGGGAAACAAGGUACAAAAUUGCUCUUGGAACUGCAAAGGGUUUAUAUUACUUGCAUAAAUCUUGUCCUAGAAGAAUAAUUCACAGGGACAUCAAGGCUUCAAAUGUUUUGUUGAGUGAGGAAUAUGAGCCACAGAUAUCAGAUUUUGGGCUAGCAAAAUGGCUUCCAUCACAAUGGACCCAUCAUUCCAUUGUUCCAAUUGAAGGGACUUUUGGGCACUUAGCACCAGAAUAUUUCAUGCAUGGAGUAGUUGAUGAAAAGACAGAUGUUUUUGCAUUUGGGGUGUUCUGCUUGGAGCUCAUUUCUGGGAAAAAACCAGUUGACAAUUCCCAUCAAAGCUUACACAGCUGGGCAAAACCUCUUUUGAGCAGAGGAGUUAUAGAAGAAGUAGUAGAUCCAAGGCUAGAAGGGAGAUUUGAUUCUACACAACUUCAUAAACUUGCUUUUGCUGCUUCACUUUGCAUUCGUGCUUCUUCUAUAUGGCGCCCUACAAUGAAUGAGAUUUUGGAGAUAAUAUUGGGAGGCGAAGUUGAUAAAGACAAAUGGAAAAUGCCAGAUGAAGAAGAGGAAGAGCAAGAAGAGUUUUGGGGGUUUGAGGAUCUUGAAUGUGAAUGUGAAUGUGAUAGUUCCUUCUCAACUUCCCCACAUGACACCUUCUAAUUAAACGUGAAGCUCAUAAAUCCAAAUUCACAUAUUGAAUACUAUCAUUUACUAAGUAUAUAUAGUGAGUACUACAGGACUAAAUAUGUUAGCGUUAGACAUUUAUAGAUAAAAACUUAGGGGGGUAGUUUAUUAUUACUCUCUAAAUCUUAAUUUUUUGAGGUUGAACUUCCAUGUUUUAAAAUUUCGGAUAUAUGCUUGUUCUUUUAGAAAAAAUCUGCAUCAGUAUCAUCCACAUGUAAAUAAGACGUUUUGGAAUAAUUAAUUUCAUGGA